AUGGUUCGAAAUUACAAACGGAAGACCGAUAGAGGACAUACAUCAGAGGAUGUUAUGGAACGUGCAGUUAAAAUAAUUAUAAAUGAAAAGUGUUCUUAUAAAAGUGUGUCAGAUGAUUUUAAUAUACCUGUUAAAACUUUAUCCCGUUACUGUAAAAAAUAUAUUAAUAACUCAGAGAUUUUUAAGAAUUCUGUUGGAUACACAAAACCAAGACAAGUUUUUUCGCUUGUCGAAGAAGAAGAAUUAGCAAAUUAUAUUAAAAAAGCUGCAGAUAUUUAUUUUGGCUUAUCACCAAAAGAAGUAAGAAGAUUAGCAUUUGAUUAUGCCAGCUAUUUAAAUAAAACAAAUAUCCCUAAAUCUUGGUCUCAAAAUGAACUUGCUGGAGAAGAUUGGUUCACUGGUUUUAAAAAACGUCGCCAUGACCUGUCAAUACGUAUACCUGAAGCCACUAGUUUAGCCCGCGCAUCUAGUUUUAACAUGGUCAAUGUUAACUCAUUUUUUGUUAAUUUAAAGACUGUACUAAAUCGUUACAAUUUUGGUCCAGGUGACAUAUACAACAUGGAUGAGACAGGAAUAACUACUGUUCAAAAACCAAACAAAAUUGUUGCACGUAGAGGGUUUAAACAGAUUGGCAGAAUAACGUCGGCAGAAAGAGGCACACUUGUGACAUUAGCCUUUGCAGUUUCAGCAUUAGGUAAUAGUGUACCACCAUAUUUCAUAUUUCCAAGAGUACAUUUUAAAGAUCACUUCAUAGCUAAAGGACCAUUAGGUUGUGCAGGUAGUGCUAAUCCUUCGGGCUGGAUGAAAGAAACUCACUUCAUUGAUUAUUUAAAGCAUUUUGUUAGUCAUGUUAGGUGUUCAAAAACCAAACCGGUUCUUUUGUUAUUGGACAAUCACGACUCGCAUUUAUCUAUUGAAGGCCUAAAUUACUCUAAAGAAAAUGGAAUUACAAUUCUAUCAUUUCCGCCUCACUGUUCUCACAAAUUACAGCCCUUAGAUAGAAGUGUGUAUGGACCCCUGAAAAAAUAUAUCAGUUCGGCUUUUGACUCGUGGAUGGUGAACAACCCUGGUAAAACCAUGACAAUUUAUGAAAUUCCUGAAAUGGUGAAACAGGCAUUGCCAUUAGCAGCUACACCGAAUAACAUUACAGCUGAUUUUAUGCCAAGUUAUGUGACAGAUCGACCUUUUAACAUUGAAACUGAAAAUCAACAAGACCCUUUAAACCAGACUACUGAAGAACUAAACACAGAUCUAAUACUUUGUACAUCCAAUCAGGCGUAUAAUACUCAAGAACUAGAAUCUAAUAGCCCUGUUAUUCAACAAGUUGAAAAUAUUGUAGUGUCAAUACCAGCAGAAGCUUCUACUUCAAAUACCCAAAAUCAAAAAAUAAUAGCAAAAUCUCCUGAAGACAUAAGACCACUGCCUAAAGCUGGUGCUAGAAAACAAGGAAGACAACAUCCGAGAAAAAGGUGUACGGCAAUUUUGACUGAUACUCCAGAAAAGGACAAGCUGGAAGCAAAAAAAAAGUGUCAAAAGACACAAACAAAUACUGCAAAUAAGAAAUCUAAGAAAAUUAAAAGCUUAUCAAGUUCAAGUGACGAUGAAGAUGCAUAUUGUCUAGUUUGCUGCGAAUCUUAUUCAUCUAGUCGGGCCAAUGAAAAGUGGGUGUCAUGUGUUAAAUGCAAGAAAUGGUCCCAUGAAGAUUGUAAAACCGGCGAGGAUAGAUAUAUUUGCCAUCAUUGUGAAUCGGAUGAUGAAUCAUUUUCAGAUGAAUAA